GUGGCCAGCAUGAGCUGCUGUGAAGGCAUCCUUCUGCCCACGAAGCCUUCGGAGCGGGUCGAAGUGAUCCGACCGGAAGGUGCCACCAACAAUGGAGUUCCCAAGGAGAUGGACAUGUACUAUUUUGAGGCCAUGUUCGGCUAUGCCCCCUUGAUCUUCGCCACUUAUCCGGCCGUGGCUUUGCGAAUGCCCAGCUACGACGAGAAGCAAUUAAAGGUCUCCUUGGCCAAGGCACUGAAGGCAGUGCCGACCGCAGCUGGUCGCUUCCGCGACAAUGGCGCGAAGCUAGUGCUCAACGGCGCAGGCGUGCCCUUCAAGGUGGCCGCAUCCUCAGAGCCGAGUGCUCCAGAGAUCAUCGAGGAGCGGUCGCUUCUAACUUUCGCGGACUUUUACCGACCAGCUGCUGUUCGUCAUGGCCGCGCUCCAUUGAUGUCCAUCAAGCUGACCACCUACAAGGAUGGCAGCGCGGUUCUGUGCAUGUGCCGGUCCCACAUGCUCUUUGACGGCACUUCCGUUUGGCUAUUCCUGAACUACUGGGCUAGCCUCGGCAAAGGAGAGGCGAACGGCACGGCGCCGUAUUGGCAGAGGGACAAGGUGCAAGCCCUGAUGCCGGACUUGGACACCACGCAAGAGCUUGCUGAAGCUGUGAUCGGCAAGAAGAUCAAAACCUCGUUGCUUGUUCCCGUCAUGAUGGUCGUCAUGGACACCCUGACGCCCAUCGCAGACACUCUCUUUCUGCACGCGGGCGUCGGCGCUCAGAGGCAGCGGGUAUUCCUCUCUGACCAAGAG